AUGGCUGUGUUUUUCACUAUGGCUCUUCUGGCUGUUGCAUGUCCUUUGAUGGCAUUUGAUUUGGGCCAGUCCACCCGCUGCGUCACUAUCCCUAACCAGAUGAAAGUCUGCAAAGACGUUGGAUACUCUGAGAUGCGGCUCCCUAACUUUUUGGGUCACAGUAACCUGGAAGGUGAAGUGGUUCCUCGUUCAGAGGACUGGAGGCCUCUGCUCCAGACUGGCUGCCACCCUCAAGCCCAGGCCUUCCUCUGCUCUCUCAUCGCCCCGGUCUGUCUCGACACUUUUAUCCAGCCUUGCCGAAGUCUAUGCAUUGCAGUCAGGGACAGCUGCGCCCCAGUGCUCGCCUGUCAGGGUCACCCUUGGCCUGAGGCACUUGACUGUGACCGCUUUCCAGCUGAGGAAGACAUGUGCCUUUCUCCUCAUGCUAAAUUUAGCCAUGUUGCCAAAGAUUUGCCCAAACCUGCCUGUCAGAACUGUCCUGCUGUGGAAGAGGCUCCUGCAAUGAAAACAGUCCUGGAUGCAUUUUGUCAGAAUGACUUUGCUGUGACAGCCAAAAUUCAUCGCCAUCGCCUACCCACAGGAGAGCCAGAAUUUGAGAUUGAUGGGCGUGUUGAGUUUAUCCGUCAGGGUCCUCUGCUACCUUACGACACCCGCCACCUCCUCCAGCAGUGGCUCCUGGUCAACCUCCGAUGUGCCAAUGUUGUUGCGCGUCCCGGACGAUCACAGCUUUAUGUUCUGACGGGUUCUGUGCAAUCUGACGGCAGCCUCGCUUUAACCAAUCUCUUCCCUUGGCACAAAAAAGACGCCAACAUUGCAGUGGCCACUCGCAAGUGGAAGCACCACAGAUGCUGA